GGGAAAAGUGUAGACAUCUUCCAUUUCCAACUCCUCUUUUUAUUUUCCUUUUUCUCGGUCGGUGCUCUCUCUCUCUUUCUCUCUCUCUCUCUCUCUCUCUCUCUCUCCAAAAUCCUCCCAAAGCCUUUGAAUUAUGGCUGCGUGGACAGCUGCAGCUUGUCAGGCGGCGCGUCUGGUUCGCCUCUCCUCUCCGAAAUCAGCUCCUCAAGGUGCUUCUCUCAUCCACCGGCGCGGUCUCGCUGGCGGCGGCGAUCAUCAUGGACCUCCAAAAGUGAACUUUUGGCAAGAUCCGAUGAGUCCAUCUAAGUGGAAAGAAGAACAUUUUGUUAUCGUCUCUUUAACUGGCUGGGGCUUGGUCUUUUUCGGGGGUUACAAAUUUUUCACAAAAGGCAAGGACAAGAAGGACGAGAAGGUUGGAGAAGCAUCACACUAGGUUUUGGGGCAGUUCAGGAAUAUAUCUGGAGAUUGCUCGGUCUUGGAAAAUGAUGUUUCUAUUUUGUGAGACUUCAAUUUUGGCAGUUUUAGUUUGUACAUGAACGUUUUGGCAAGUGAUGGGUGAUGCCGACUCUCUCAUUCUCACUCUGUAAUGCAAACUACACCAUUCUGUUGUUUUAAUAAUCUCUGGGCCUUUUCAUUCUCAA